UAGUAGGCGAGGGAAAAAACGAAGAAUAGUUGUGUCGGCUGUCAACCUAAAAGCUAAAAAGAAACGACACGAAUGUAAACACGCGUGAUACAAAAGUAUAAUCUGAAAAUUAUUUAAAGGGUGUGAAACCGCCAUGGAUGUAGCACUGUAUUUGAUAGCUGCUUCUAUUCUCGCCGUGCUGAUAUUUUUCGCUGUGAAGUUGCGGAAAAAGACGGAGGAAGAUGACAGAGAGAAUGAGUUGGCUGUGGUCAGAGCUGCAGGCGUACGCCAUCGGGCAAUUGCGGAGGAGCGAGGCGCUGGAAUGCCGCGUCGGAGGAGAAACCUUGCAGCUGUGAUGGCCAACAGAAGACCACAGGGAGGUGCAGAAGAGCUUGAAGAGGAGCAAGAGAAUCAGCAGCCUGAGGAAGAGGAAGAUGAGACAGGACAACAGACCUUUCAGCCAACAGCAAAAAUUGGAGCCAAAAAGCAAAAGAAGCUGGAAGAGAAACAGGCCAGGAAAGCCCAGAGAGAGGCAGAGGUGGAGGAGCGUGAAGAAAGGAAGAGGACGCAGGAGCUCAGAGAGCAGGAAAGACGCCAGGAACAGGAGAAAGAGAGACUGCUGGAAGAGAAACAGGAGGAAGAAGAGCGGCGGAUCAAAGAGGAGCAGGAGAGGCGGGAGGAGGAGGAGUACCUCAAGCUCAAAGCCUCUUUUGUGGUAGAAGAUCAGGGUGAGGAGGAAGAACUCACUGAAGACCAGUCACGCAACCUACUUCAAGAAUUCAUACAUUACAUCAAGACUUCUAAAGUUGUUCUACUAGAAGACUUGGCCUCUCAUUUUGGGAUGAGAACACAGGAUGCUAUUGAUCGAUUGCAGGACCUGCUAGCAGAAGGCUCACUCACAGGGGUAAUUGAUGACCGAGGGAAGUUCAUUUUCAUUACUCCAGCAGAACUGGACUCUGUGGCUCAGUUCAUCAAACAAAGAGGAAGAGUUUCUAUCACAGAGCUGGCCCAGGCCAGUAACUCUUUGAUCAAUCUGACUCCAGUGAUCGGCAACACAACCUGAUGCAGGACUUCACCUGCUGCUGAACUUAUAUCAAUUGAUCUACUAUAAUCACAAAUACAGGUUCCAUCACGGUCAUCAAUCACUAUCCAACAUUGGUUCUGCAUUUUGUAAGCUCCACAGUGGUCUUACCCAAACAUAGCAAUAUGUUCCUGUGUCUGCACAAUGUACAUGUACUAUCAUGGACCUAUUAGCCCAACCUCAAAUCAUGCAACUCAACCCGUUCAGUUACUCAAGACUUAAUGCAAUGCACCUAGGCCUUUGUUACAAAUACUGAAGCCAGUUCAGCCUUUGUUUUUGAGAAACUUCCAGAAUACACUUUUUUUGGUAAGUUGAAAUAAAUGAGUUAUCUACUUUUA